AUGCUAACUCUCCUCACUCCUCACUCCUCAGGGAGUCAGAGGGUUGCCGGGAGGUGUGGUUUCCUGAGAUUUGGCCCGUUAGACAACAGCUCGGCAUUUAAGUUCGAAAAUUUCUUGGGGCAGUUGAAGAAGAGAGUACGAAACGGCAAGGAGCCGUUGAAGCAGGCGGUGGCCCGGUUAGCUGAGCAGGAUACGAGGCCUGUUGUCCUGAAGACCAAGCCAGAGUACUCCUUUAAACCCCCAAACAACUGCUACAUCUCCACAUCAACAUCUCCACGUCUCACAUCCCCAACCCCUGUGCUUCUAACUGGGAAGUAUGGGGAUGAUUACAGUGCAAAAGUGUAUCUGGUUACAAGUGAUAUUUUCGAUAUGCCCCUACCCUCAAGGGAAAUACUGAACUUUAAGUUAGGCGCAGCUUCAGACAUAGUGUUGAGCGCGGAUGAACUUGCUGAGCUAACCCUGAUAAGGGCAGUUAAACUUCCCUGCUAUAAUGAGGAAUAUAUCAUGCCAAUGUUGCAUGAUGACACCGUGCAGUGCUUCUAGUUGAACUAUAUAUUUGUAAAUAAACUAUGUUCCAGA